GCUCUCCAGGGUGUUUACAACACCAUCUUCCGCAAGAACUACGUCUUCCUCAGCGUCGUCUUUGUCAGCGCUUUCGGCAUGGAGAUCGCCUUCGACAACGCCUCCAACAGCGUCUGGAACACCGUCAACAAGGGCCGCCAAUGGAAGGACCUCAAGCACAAGUACAUGGAGUCCGACGACGAGUAGACGCUUCCUUUCGCCUGUUUUCUCGACCGCCAUUAGACUCGUUUUGUCCUUUCAUGUAUCAUAUCUGAAAAAUCCUCAAGCGCUCUUCGUCCUUUUCAAUUUCGACCACUCGCAUCCGCACCUUCAUGAAGGCUUCUCUAAGACCCUACCGCAAAACCAUCACGUUGCAAUUCAUGCAGACCUUGUCCACCAGCGAAU